AUGGGAGACAAAUCGCUCGCCGCGCUUACUGUCUGGGAAUGCCUCGAUGGACGGCAGAGGGGGCGACUCGCAACCCAGUUGAAGCUGCACAAGAACGACCCGCUGAGCCCAUCUCCUACACCCGCGGCCGACAUCAAGAAGCGUCGCGGCGUGCCGGGCUACGUCGACGUGGGCAUCUCGCAGGCCUCGGCCGAGGCCACCCUGGCCGUCGAGUGGAAGAUCGGCGCCGACGCCUGGAAGCAGGCCCACGACGAGGGCGCCACCCUAUACGUGAGCCUCCACAGCCACCACCCCGGCGACGAGAACGAGAAGAACGCGCCCACCGACCACGACAAGCACGACAUCUGCCGCCUUCCCAUCGACUCAGCACAGGGCACGGCACAGUUCCCGGCGGCGAAGCUGAACCUGGGCGGCAGCCUGCGAGCGGGUCUCGCGGCGCGGAUCCUGAAGGUAACGAAGACGAAGAAGAAGGCUGCGGUAAAGGUCAAGACGGGCGAGGGACAUGCGGUUGAGACGCCCGCAGCUGCCGGCGAUGCUGACCUCCCGAGCGACGACGACGACGUGGCGGUGCUGGCCAAGAGCGAGGUGGUCAACAUCGUGACGGGCACGCUCGAGAGGACGUGGAGCAUGCAGGUGGAGAAAGUCUCCGUCAUGCUCAACACCAGCGCCAUCCCACUCACUCCACCCAAGGCCGCAGUGACCGUCGCCCAGCCUGGGACCCUGUGCGCGACGCGCCGCGAGGACGCCGUGGCGACGAUGCAGGACGAGUACUACGAGGGCAUGACGUCGGAGGAGCGCGAGGCCGCCUUUGCCUCGAUGUGGGCCGCGCUGCCGGCCGCCGAGCAGGCCAAGCUGCGGCCGCACCUGACCGCCUCCAACCGCGGCCGCGAGAUCGUCAAGCCCACCAACAAGAAGUCGACGUCGAAAGCCGCCGUGGAAUGCUUGGCGCAGAAGAAGAACAAGAAGGCGAAGACGAAGAAGACGAAGAAGGUGACCAAGAAGAGCGUCGUCAAGAAGCAGAAGAAGGAGAAGAAGGUGAUGACGACGUCGGGCGUGACGACGGUGAUGACCGAGGAGAAGACGACCACGCCCAUCAGGGAGAAGCCCUCGCAGCGGAGCGCGAACGCGCGGACGGCGGUGCUCAUCCCCAGCACGGUCGAGCCGCAGCUGGAGGCCGCGGCCGCCGCGCAGCUCGCCGACGACGAUGCCGCCGCCGCCGACGUGGACGUGGAGGACUGGGUCGUGCUCGCCCCGGAGAUCGGAGAGCCGGCGGUGAACGAAGACACCACCUCCACCGUGUCGCUCUCCUUCGUCGAAGUCUCCUCCUCGAUCCAGCCCUCGGUUGUGUGGAACCUUACGGCGACGGAGUACUACGAUUGGAUCGGUGUCGUGGACGCCGAGACCGACGACACCGUGGCCAAGGUGUCCAUCAACACCCUCGUCUCGUGGACCAACCCCGUGGGCGCCCACUCCUGGAGCGAGGUCAUGACCACCGUCGCCAAGAAGAAGGGCCUGUCCAAGAAGUACUACGCGGUGAUGUGGCGCUGGCACGAGGAGGCCAACCAGUACCACGCCCUGGGCUACAGCUCCAACAUCAUCCGCUCCGUCGUGUCCAUGGAGCGGCGGGAGCUGGUGCGACAGAACGUGUCGGCGACCGAGCACAUGUCCGCGGUCUACAAGGACGAGUCCCUCGAGUGCGCGCAGCUCGCAGUCGCGGCCUACAAGUGCUACGACGCCCUCACCUGCGCUCUUCCUCCGCCUCUCGAGCCGGUUUACAACAUUGAGAACGCGAAGACGGACACGCAGGGCUUUGUGUCGCUCGACAAGACGCGAGGGAUCGCGUACGUGGCGUUCAAGGGCUCGUGGGAGCUGGCCGACUUCAUGAACGACGCCGACCUCUUCCUCGGGUCCUUCGUCGACACCCCGCAGCUCAAGGCCCAGUUCAAGAUGGUCGAGUGCUGGAAGUCCGUCAAGGACCCGCUCCUCGACCUCCUCCUCAAAUACCUUAAAGAUAAGAAGAUCAGCAAGAUCACGAUCACGGGCCACAGCUUGGGCGCGGCGCUGGCCUGUCUGAUGACGGAAUCGAUUCUCCACGACACGCGAUUCGAUCCCUACAAGCUCAACUCCACCAGCCUCAAACUCUUCACCUUUGCUUGCCCCAGGUCGUUCGAUUGGGCGGCGAAUGCGGAUUCGGUGAAGCAGCUGGACAAGGACCGAGCGACGAUGCUCAGCUUCGUGGACCAGAACGAUCCCGUGGCCACGGGCGCCUGGGGCUUCCUCAAGUACUUUGGCUACUACCACGUGGGCAGCGUCGUUCUCCUCCAGGGCUCCGGUCACGCCAUGAGCAACUACAUCAAUCUCAUCAAGGCGCUCACGCCAUGA